UCUACACACAAGUCUUGCAGUUUGCCACCUCAAGAACUCAACAGUACAUACACAGAAUCUCUCUCUCUCUCUCUCUCUUUCUCUCUCUCCCAUAAACACAGGAAAACACAGAUUCAUUCUCUAUGUAAGUGAAAUUUGAAAAAACAUUGUAGUAAUAUAGUACCAACAACAAUAUGAUCUCGUUUCACAGAUUUAGCCAAACACAGUCCUAAAAGCCUCUCUCUUGGAAAGCUCAUAUUUUUCUCUCUCUCUCUCUCUAGAACUCUGUAAAACCCCUUCACCAUCUUCACCCAACCACAUAAACUCCGCUCAAUCAAUUCUGGAGAACCCCAUAAAUCAUCUUCGCACCCACAUGCAUUGAUGAGUUGGGUAGUGUUGAGGAGCUUCUUCCAUAUUUCUGAGAAUGGGGUGUUUGAUUUCUCAGCUGGCGGCGAAGUUGGCCUUCUUUCCGCCGGCGCCGGCGACGUACCAGGUGAAGGCGCGCGACGACGGGCGCCUGGUGGCCGUGUCCGCCACCUCGGCGGCGCCCAUUUCCGGCGCCGCCGAUGACCCUUCUCUGGAUGUGCGAGUGGUGGAGACUAAGAGGGGCAACAAGAUCGUAGCUUUUUUCCUCAAGAACCCUUAUGCUAGGCUUACUUUGCUGUAUUCUCAUGGCAAUGCCGCUGAUCUGGGCCAGCUUUAUGACUUGUUUCUUCAGCUUAAAGCUAAUCUCCGAGUCAACAUCAUGGGAUAUGACUAUUCUGGCUAUGGAGCCUCUACGGGGAAGCCGAGUGAAUUUGAUACGUAUGCUGAUAUAGAGGCAGCGUAUGAGUGCCUUGAAACCGAAUAUGGAGUUAGUCAGGAAGACGUAAUUCUUUAUGGACAGUCCGUUGGCAGUGGCCCGACUUUGCACUUGGCAGCACGAUUGCCGAGGCUGAGAGGCGUAGUUCUACAUAGUGGCAUUCUUUCUGGCCUCCGCGUGCUUUGUCAUGUGAAGUUCUCGUUUUGUUUCGACAUUUACAAGAAUAUAAACAAGAUGCAUAAGGUAAAAUCUCCGGUGCUUGUGAUACAUGGCACAGAAGACGAUGUUGUGAAUUGGUUACACGGUGAUAGACUAUGGAAAAUGGCGAGGGAUCCAUACGAGCCCCUAUGGAUAAAAGGCGGCGGGCACUGCAACUUAGAGCUUUAUCCCGAUUACAUUCGCCACCUGCGCAGGUUCAUUCAAGAAAUGGAGAACAUGACCACCCAAACUCGACUAAAAAAGAUCCGCCAAACCCUCCGUCUACCAAAGCGGUCCAACACUAGUCCGAGCUCCACCACUCGCUGCUGUGAAAUGAAAUGCCAAAAGCCGAGAUGCUUCGAGUGCUCAAAACCUACGUGCCCGAAAUGCUGCUGCUGGCCGAAAUGCCCGGAAUGGCGGCCAAAAUGCCCGAAAUGCGUGUGCUUCAAACCGGGGUGCGUAAAGUGUUGGUGUUGGUGCCCAAAAUGCUCAUGUUGUUGUUGUUUCACAAAUUGUGCAUGCUGGUGAUAGAUAUGGUGGGAGGUAUACACAGAAGAAAGUUAUACAGAUUUCCCAUGACCCUUCUUCAAUCUGUGUAGUGUUAGAUAUGAAUUUAUUUAUUUAUUUGUUUAUUUCUAAUCUUCUUUUCAUUGGAUCAAUGGCUUUAGAUUAAGGUAUACAAUUCAGUCCUGUUUCUCCUUCAUCUACUCUAGUUUGAUCACCUUCUCUUGCUAAGCUUCAAUUGUUAAAAACACCAUUAGUGUAAUCUGAUCUCAAAAUUCUCUGUUCCUUUGAAUUGUAAGGCUAUUUAUAUCCUUGAAA